GACGCUUUCUGUCCUGUUGCAUCAGACAAGAAACAAACCCGAUUACCACCGAUGGGAUAAGCCAGACCGUAAAGGGCCCCGUUGACCGGAUGCUCUGUCCAGCAGACACAAAUACCCAAAAAGAAGCCGUUCACAGAAUCCAAACCCAGCCUGACCGAAACCGUUCUGCCUGUCUUCUCUCUCUCUCAUACACACACCAACCACUUCCUAACCUUGCACACACUCCAGCUCCACCUCCACUUCUUUCGGUUCUUAGUACCUGGCCGUCUUACACAUCCAUUACCUUGCUUCACUUCCCGACUCUUUUCUUCUUCCUCCUCCCCCCCAUUCCCCUCCCAUUUCUCAUCCUCUUUUUCAAGUUUCUUUGUCUCAGCUUUACCUUCUUCAACACACUCAUAGAGCAAGCUGACUUGACCUCGGCCUAUCCACCAUUUCUGCUUUCCCAAUCUCUUAACGUGUUGUCGUCUCCUCCGGUUCGGCACCCCGAAUUACAGGAAAUUCCUACUACUUUUGGCUCUGAGAAAAGACCCUUGGCGCGAGCUCAUCCAAACGUGGGACUCGCCAAGUAAGACUGUAUACGAAUCUCUCCAAACUCGGCCGUCGCCUACAUUCCCCCCAAGUGGAAAUCACGGACACGGGGCUAGAAUUGACGCUGUCGAACCGUAGCAUUCCUGCUCCGGUGAUAACGUUUUGCGUCACAAGCCCGACGUCUUACCGGAAAACCAGCGAGUGAGAACAGACCGCCACGCCCAUCUCGCCAAAUUCCCUAGCAAACUUGGGUUGUUGUGGUCUCCCUACCUGAAUAGCCACUACCGCGGACGGACCUACUUUGCGCCUCUCUGGACAAUUUAAAAACACGAUGCCCCCCUUCCGACCCUGGGGUCCCAUUUUCGAGGAAAUCACCUUGCCGCAGAAUAGAAUGUCAUCGACUGUCUUCUCGAUGCUGCCUACGUCUCUCCAGUCCCGGCUCCCGCCGCUGCGCUCCAUCCGUAAGAGCGCCAGCAUGCAGACCCUCACAUCGAGUAGGCAGUCCCACGCCCGUUCACUGUCGGGGCUCGACAGCGUGCAUCCCAACAUCACCCAGGCUCGCAUCAUCUCAGAGAGCACCGAGGAGCACAUGAGCCUGGUGGCAACCGAGCACCAUCAGUCGUCGCGUAUGUACGAGAUGCGGUCUGCCGCCGACCGGCACGAGGAGGAGCGGCGACAGGCCGAACAUUACCAUCAUCAACAACAUCAACUACAGUUACAACAGCAGCAGCAACAGCAGCAGCAACAGCAACAGCAGCAGCACGGCACAAGCCAGUGUUCAAACGUAGAUUGGCGGUUUGCUCAACAAGGCCUUGCUUUGAUUGCUGUUGCUCAAGAUGAGCUGAGACAUCCCUCGCGGCGGCCAGCGGUGGACUUUGAACGGAAAGCAUUCCUAGACGGCGUCGAGUACAUUCUUAAGGCGCUCCCGAGCGACCUGAACGAACACGAGCUCCACCGACUGCGCACGUCGACGCCGUCCAACUUCAUCCCUCCAGCCAACCCUGGCGGCCGGGCGUACUCGCCGUCACGAGGCGCGAAUCACGGGCGAUCAAUCCUCCAUCGGGGCGUGCAGACAGCCGUCGUCAACAUCUUCGUCCUCAUUCACCUGGCGUUACCGUACUUCAUUCUUCUGCUGCGACUUGCAGCCCGCACCGAAAGGGAGUACCGGAUCUCGGAGAACCUGGUGGGCGCGGGUAUGGGUCUCGCCAACGCCAUCGGCAGCAAGGGCAUGCGCAUAACUGGCGCCCUAUGCAAUGUCGGCGACGGCAGGGUCGGGCAAGCCCUCACGGAAGCCAUCGCCUGGACGGUUGAGGGCUUCACGGGCGGACUGUCUGAUGGCGUUGGAGAGGGCUUGUCGAUUGUGGCACCCAAACGACAAUAAGACGAGCUUCAAUGAGUAUGAUGACAUUUAACGGUAGAAAGAGACAUACUCUCUAUUCUUUUGGAUUAUGGGUUUAGACAUUUUUUCGGAGUACAUAAGGUCUUCUUUCCUAUAUUAUAUUGGGUAUGAGGGGUGCUGGGAGAGGAUUGAAAGCAUGCCGGAUUUGGGAAAGAUAUAGACCAUCCGCGGAACAAAUGGAAUUUUCGUACGACCUGCAUAUUUGUUAGUGUCGGUUUGCUGGGGCGAAUCAAGCAGGAUGGGCUGUUCUUCUCUGGCCCAGAAGUAUUCUUCCCACCUAUAGCUUGAUGUGAGAGGUGUCUGAAUCUACAGUGAUAGAACCCAACCUCUCAUGGUCCUCCAAUCUGCCGCAAACAUGAACUUUGCCGUACGUGAGUGAAGCCAAUCAUUCCGCCUCUUGUCUGAGUCCGGUUUAUAGGAGUGUGGCGACCGACGGGGCUACCUCUGGGUUACGCUUAAAGUGCGAAAUAGAUAGGCCAGGUACUCCGGAGGCAUUGUUUGUCACAUAGCUCAUUUAUUGUGCGGCAACCAGCAGUUUGGAUCGCCGGACAUUCUGAUGCCAUCGUAAG